AUGGCGACUCAAGAUAAUGCUUCCAGGGGCAGAUGGAGCGAGCUUUGCAACAACAUGAAAGGUUUGGCGGACGCCACAGUCAACGAUAACGAGACUUUAAGAGCGGCGAUCAAGGCGCUCGAACACGACAUAGGCAUUUGGGGCCGCGUGUCCGCAGCUGGAGACGAUGAACAGGGCAUGCUGGCUCUCUGCGUCGUAGAUGGUUCACGAACGAUGUUCUCUACGCCCUACUUGCAUCGUGGUUUUGUGGGUGGGCGCCUCGCGGCAGAGCGGCUUCUCAGCUGUAUCCAGGAGCGCUUGGACUCAUCCAAGAACGGAAUUUCUAGCCUUGGCGAACUCAACAUAACCAUCUCUGUCUACUGUGCAAAGGCAUCGCUCGUCGAAAGCUUGGAGGGUCGAGGCGUAUGUGAGCCUGGCGUGAUCGAUGCUUUCUUGGCCGGGUUCAGUCAGGCCUCGUCCUUGAUCAGUAUCGUGGAUGUCAUCGACCAGGAAUCAGUUGACGACAAGAUACUCACUCAUCUUCGAACAUUCGCAGUGCUACCCGAAGUCACUCAUGUGUUCUUUGCUAGUGGCUACGAAUCACCGAUGACGAGUAUCUCCGAGACACUCGAGGUCAUUGGUGCUCGCGACAAGCUCUACUUCCUUCGGAGCUCCGGGAGCAGUGCCCCGGUCACUGUCGCCCUCGAAAGUAUUGAUACACAAGAUGCCUUAGCAGAAGAGUCGCCUGUCGAGGACAAGAGCCCUUCUGAGAACGAGCAAAUCAGCCCUUUGAGGCUUCGGUCCCCGCUUCCGACAAGCUCAAGUCCUACCAGUGCUUUCAGUUCCCCCAUCACAUCACUCAAACAGCGGCCUAUCAUCAACCCAAAUAUGCCUUUAGAUAGACAAAACCCUCAUCCAUGUAACGAGUUCUACCUCAUGGGAGAAUGUCCAAAGGCAGAUCGCUGCCGUUAUUCGCACGAGUAUGAGCUUACGGAAGAGCAGCUGAAGGAACUUGGCAAAAUCGCCAAGGCCCUGCCAUGCUCCUACGUGAACAACGGCCAAGAGUGCUGGUUCGGCGCCAAGUGUGCUUGGGGCCAUACCUGUCCGCAAGGUAUCAAGUGUCGGUACCUUUCCAAGGGUACAUGCCGAUUCAAAGCAGCUGGGAUGCAUCGUUCUCAGUUUUCUCGCACCUCGCCGACAUGGGGUCCAGGGGCAAGGGAGAAGGCUAUCUAA